UUGCAACGAUAUCGCUUCAUACUAUUUGUAAACAUAGAAUGACACGCGCUUCAUUUGUAUUCACUUUAACAUGAUUUGUCAAUAAAUUCUGUUAUUGUGAGCUGUAACUGGAAAAUGUACAAUUUGUGCAAAGUCACUCACCCACCAUUGGGUGUUGAAUACUCCCUUUAUUGCCAUUUCUUUAAUCAUCGUGAAAAAUCUCUUGUUGUAGCUGGAGCAAAUAUUCUUAGAGUCUUUCGGUUAGUUGCUGAUGUCCAAACCAGGUUACAUAGGCUCGAAGAUAGAACGGAAGAUGGAGUUAGUCUACCCCCAAAAGUUAAACUUGAGUGCAUGGCAACCUACAAGUUGCAUGAUGAUGUGGCUACAAUGGCAUCAGUGUCUCUGUCACCAUUACGAGACUCUUUGCUCUUGGGUUUCAAAGAUGCAAAGCUUUCUGUUGUGGAGUAUGAUCCAUUUAAUCACAAUCUUAGAACUGUAUCCUUACAUUAUUUUGAGAAAGAAGAUAUACGGGGUGGAUGGGUCCAGACAGUUUGCUUACCAUUGGUCCGUGUAGACCCAGAGGCCAGAUGCGCUGCUAUGCUGAUCUUCGGAAAGAAGAUUGUAAUAUUGCCCUUCCGUCUGACCCCCUUGCCCACAGAUGAUGUUGAAUUCACAAGUGGUCCAUUCACAAGAGGUCCUGUUCAGCAGUCCUACAUUAUAGAUCCUAAAACAUUUGAAACCAACAUUGAUAAUAUAUUAGAUAUGCAGUUUUUACAUGGCUAUUAUGACCCUACUCUCAUGCUGUUAUAUGAACCCAUCAAAACUUUCCCAGGGAGAGUUGCAGUCCGUCAGGAUACUUGUGCCUUAGCAGCCAUCUCCCUAAACAUUCGACAGCGAUUACAUCCUGUUAUUUGGUCCAUUUCAAGUCUCCCCCAUGACUGUGUCAAACUUCUCCCUGUACCUAAACCCAUUGGUGGAGUUCUUCUAUUUGCUUGUAACUCGCUCACAUAUCUCACCCAGUCAGUACCCCCAUAUGGAGUCUCCCUCAACUCUAUGGGUGACAAGAAUACCAAUUUCCCCUUACGAAAACAAGAAGGCGUCGUCAUAUCACUGGAUUGUGCAUAUGGUCAAUUUCUUACCGAAGACCGUGUCGUCAUAUCAUUGAAAGGUGGUGAGCUGUAUGUUUUAACUCUUGUUGCUGAUUCUAUGAGGUCUGUCCGUAGCUUUCACUUUGACAAGGCUGCUGCAUCAGUGUUAACCUGUAGUAUGACUGUAUGUGAGGACCAAUACCUUUUCCUGGGUUCUCGGUUAGGAAACUCUCUCCUCUUACGAUAUACGGAGAAGGACCUUGGUGAUUCAGUGCGUAGCAGAAGCAAUGUUCCUUGUGAUCAGGAACCUCCUACAAAAAGGAAGAAACUUGAUACUUUAGGUGACUGGAUUGCCAGCAAUGUUGAUGACAUUCAAGAUGAUGAUGCUCUUGAGGUAUAUGGCCAAGAAGAUACUUCAACUGUCCAGCUUAGUUCUUACAAUUUUGAG